UCAGAACUUCAAAAUGGCUUCGUCUAUGAGGAAGUGAGGAAUAGACUCCAACACAGGGUUUUAAGUGUCUCUUCACUAGCCUAGAACCAACAGGAGUGAAGGGAAAUCAAACGCGGAAGCACCGCCGAGGAGUUUACUUGUAUGAACCAAAGGUGAUGGCGACGCGGUGGCAUUAGUGGUGCGUGUGUGUGAGUGGGUGGGCGCGUUGAGUGGGCCACAGCAGAAGCCGUACACACCACCACCAGUGGGUGGGCCUAUUGAGUGGGCAGCAGCAGCAGCAGGAGAAGGCGUAUAUACACACCACCACCAGCAGUGAUGAUGAUGAUGAUGAUUAGCCCUGCCCUGGUGGCCUGAUGCCUUCCCUCUCCCCCGCCCCUCCGGUCAUGGACGCGGAGAACCGGAUGCACACCCCUGCAGCACACCCUCAGCUGGACAUGGGCAUGUACGGCAUGGCCACCCCCACGCUCGGGGGUCAGCCGUACCCCUGUGGACUCCCAUGGGGAUUCUCCCAGCAGUACCCUUUGGACUCAGCGCGACCCUUACAGACGCCAUACAGCCAGCCGUACCACGCCAGCACCUUGUCGGAUAUCCCCAUGGAGAUCCUGGGAAACUCCUCAUUCCAUGACGUGGACUUCUCUGACAUUGCACUUAACCAGAAUGAAGGCUUCUCUGAGGACCUCUCCUGCCUAGAUGACCUGUCCUCCACGUCGCUCUUCUCCUCCCCGACGGACUCGCUAUCGGAGUACACGGAUGGCUCCUUCCUGCCCUCCUCCAGCAGCAGCCUGGCGCGAGUGCCCACGAUAUGGGACAUCAACACCCCCGCACAGAGCCAGCCAGAGUUGAGCGCCAACAGGUUUCAGGGCCUGAAGAGUUUAGAAGACUUCAAGGCCAUUAUCAGUACCCCACCUCCCAUAGUCUUCCAGACUCCAAGGCCUGUGACUCCAGCUGAUACAGAGCAGGAGGCAGAGGAGGAGGAGUCUGAGGAGCUCGGCCAUGUGGACACCUACGCAGACUACAAACCCUCCAAAUCCACCAUAGGUGUGUCCCAUCCGGAUCGUGUGGUAGAGACUAACACCUUGUCCAGUGUCCCGCCUCCGGACGUGACGUACACACUCUCCAUCCCGGAGCCCACCAUCAACACCGGCCUGCUGUCCGCUCUCCAGCUGGAGGCCAUCAUCUACGCCUGCCAGCAACACGAGGUGAUUCUCCAGAAUCAGCAGCGUGCCGGCUUCCUGCUGGGGGACGGGGCGGGGGUGGGGAAGGGCCGCACGGUGGCCGGCAUCAUACUGGAGAACUACCUGAAGGGGCGCAAGAGAGCACUGUGGUUCAGUGUUUCCAACGACUUGAAAUAUGACGCAGAGAGAGAUCUCAAAGACAUCAACGCACCCGACAUCCCCGUACACGCCUUAAAUAAGAUUAAGUACGGGGACACCACUGCUACCUCAGAGGGCGUGCUGUUCGCCACCUACUCGGCGCUGAUUGGUGAGAGCCAGGCGGGCGGGCAGCUGCGGACCCGACUCAAGCAGAUCCUGGACUGGUGCCAGCCAGACUUCGAGGGAGUCAUCGUGUUUGAUGAAUGCCACAAAGCCAAGAAUGCCACGUCCACCAAGAUGGGCAAGGCCGUCUUAGAUCUGCAGAGCAAGCUGCCCAAGGCCAGGGUGGUGUACGCCAGUGCCACAGGGGCGUCGGAGCCAAAGAACAUGAUCUACAUGAGCCGGCUGGGCAUCUGGGGAGAUGGCACGCCGUUCCGAGCAUUCGAUGACUUCCUGCACGCCAUCGAAAAGAGGGGUGUUGGUGCCAUGGAGAUAGUUGCCAUGGACAUGAAGGUGAGUGGGAUGUACAUCGCGCGGCAGCUGAGCUUCUCGGGAGUGUCCUUCCGCAUCGAGGAGAUCGGCCUGGACCAGGACUUCAAACUGGUCUACAACAAGGCGGCCAAACUGUGGGCGGAGGCUCUGAGCGUGUUCACGCAGGCGGCCGACAUGCUGGGCCUGGUGUCCAGGAAGUCGCUGUGGGGCCAGUUCUGGUCCUCGCACCAGCGCUUCUUCAAGUACCUCUGCAUCGCCGCCAAGGUGCGACGCCUGGUGGAGCUGGCCAAGACUGAGCUGGAGGCCGGCAAGUGUGUGGUGAUUGGGCUGCAGUCCACAGGCGAGGCGCGUACGCGAGAGGUGCUGGAUGAGAAUGAUGGACACCUGGACAGAUUUGUAUCGGCCGCAGAGGGUGUGUUCCAGUCGCUGGUUCAGAAGCAUUUCCCCUCCGAGAAGCAACGCAGGGAGAAGGGAGCCGGAAGCAAGAGGAAACGGAAACCCCGGGGUAGACAGCCCAAGUACCCGCGCCAGACACUGCAGGCCCAGGCGAUGAUGCAGACACAGACACAGCUGCAGAGUCAGACACAGACCCAGGAGCUGGCUGGUGUCAUCAGCAUCAGUGACGAUAGCAGUAGCGAUACGGAGGGCAUCGACAGCGACUCCAACUCCUCGCCAGACUCGCUGCACGACCACAACGACGACGUCAUCUUCGUACAACAGACCAACGGGCACACAGCAGAAGUAGAAAAGCUGAAACAAUCAAUGCUGAGCAAGAUCUCGGAGCUGGGCAAAGAACUACCUCUCAACACACUGGACGAGCUCAUAGACAAAUUUGGAGGACCAGAGAAAGUGUCUGAGAUGACGGGGCGUAAGGGGCGCGUGGUGCGGAGGCCGGACGGCUCGGUGUGUUACGAGUCGCGUGCGGAGCAGAGCAGCACCAUCGACCAGAUCAACAUCAAGGAGAAGGACCGCUUCAUGAGCGGAGAGAAGUUGGUGGCCAUCAUCUCGGAGGCUGCCAGUUCGGGUAUCUCUCUGCAGGCCGACAAGCGCGUUAAGAACCAGUGCCGCCGCGUGCACAUGACACUGGAGCUGCCCUGGAGCGCCGACCGAGCCAUCCAGCAGUUCGGCCGUACGCACCGCUCCAACCAGGUGACUGCUCCUGAGUACAUCUUCCUGAUCUCGGAGCUGGCCGGGGAGAGACGCUUCGCCUCCAUCGUAGCAAAGCGCCUGGAGAGUCUGGGCGCUUUGACACACGGAGACAGAAGGGCCACAGAGUCUCGAGACUUGAGCAAGUACAACUUCGAGAACAAAUAUGGCACCAAGGCCCUUGAUACCAUCACCAAAGCCAUCCUGGGCUACAUUGAGAGCCAAGUGCCCCCUCCCAAAGAUUACCCCAACGGUGACUCCAUGUUCUUUAGUGAUAUGAAGCAAGGGAUGAUGAACGUGGGCAUUUUCUGCAGAGACUCUCGCUUUGGUCUGAGCACUGAAAAAGACUGCACCAUCACUAAGUUCCUGAACCGCAUCCUGGGGCUGGAGGUGCACAAGCAGAACUCGCUGUUCCAGUACUUCUCCGACAACUUCGACUACCUGAUAGAGAAGGACAAGAAGGAGGGCAAAUACGACAUGGGCAUCCUGGAUCUGGCCCCAGGCAACGACGAGAUCUACGAGGAGAAACAGGAGGAGUUUUUGACCCUGGGGAACCCACACGAUGGCCAGGUGGUGCUUUAUAAGAUCACUGUGGACAGGGGCAUGCCUUGGGAAGAGGCUGUGGAGAAGGCACAGCAGCUCAGCGGCGAUGUCGAGGGCUUCUACCUCUCACACAAGCUGAGGGGCACUCAGCCCUGUGUGCUGCUGGCGGAGCAGGGGAGAGGCCACAACCUGAUCGUCCACAAGCCCAACAUCGGCAAGCAGAGCCAGCCCGAGAGCAUGGACGCCAUGACCAGCCGAUACCGCAAGGUUCCGCCUGAGGAGGCCAGGGAGGUGUGGGAGAGCCAGUACUCAUUCUCCAUCAGGAAAUGCAGCCAUGCCAACUGGAAUGGCAAGUGUAAGAAGGUGGAGGAGGGCUAUGAGUGUGUUCAGGGGAUGCGUCUGCGUCAGUACCAUGUGCUGUGCGGUGCCCUGCUGCGCGUCUGGAAACGCGUGGCCGACGUGGUGGCCGACCUCACCAACUCAUCCAUACUGCAGAUAGUGCGCCUGAAGACCAAGGGGCAACACAAGCAAGUCGGCAUCAAGAUCCCAGAGUCGUGUGUGUCGCGGGUACGCGACGAGCUGCAGCAGAUGGACAAAGAGGUGAAGAAGAGACGCAUGGAGCGCCAGCAGACACAGCUCAGCCAGCAGGCUCUGCAGAACCAGCAACUACAGCUGAGCCAGGGGCUGCAGAACCAGCAACUACAGCUACAGGGACUGCAGAACCAGCAACUACAGCUACAGGGACUGCAGAACCAGCAACUACAGCUACAGGGACUGCAGAACCAGCAGCUUCAGCUCCACCCGGGGGGUCUGCAGAGCCAAGAGUUGCAGAUACAGCUCCAACACCUCCAACACCUCCAGCAGCAACUCCAACAGCAGCAGCCACAGCAGCCUCCACCUCCAUCAUCAUCAUCAUCAUCAUCAUCAUCACACCGCCUCCUCCUCUCCCAGUUCUUCUCCUCCCCCUCCUCCAUCUCCAUCUCCAGCCCCUCAACUCCCACCCCCACCCCCAUGCCUAUGGACCUCUCCACCCAUUCCCACUCCUCCUCCUCCUCCUUCCUCUUCGCACCUCCUGCCUCCUCCUCCACCACCAUCAUGGCCGCCUCCUCCACCGUCUUCCCCUCACUGUCUGGCUCCAGUACCCCGCUGGUGGACAUGCUGGACGCGUCGGACGAGCCUGAUGGAAGUGGUCCGCUGGGUCAGGAGGUUGGGUCGUACGGAGGAGGAGGAAGUGGUGCGCUGGGUCAGGAGGUUGGGUCGUCUGCUGCCGCUGCUGCUGCUGCUGGGUCAUCGUCAUCGUCUGCUGCUGCGUCUGCUGAGGACUUCAGCCUAGACUCCCUGGCGGCGGCCACCGGGGGGCAGCAGAGGGGGGUGCAGGAGGAGGGCAAGCAGCUGUCGCAGGAGUACCUCGACCUCUUCGACCUCAACCUGUGCCCGCCCAUGUCCAAUACACCGCCACCGCCACCGAUGCCGCACCCGCUGCUGCCUGUGCCAACGCCACCGUCACUGCCACCCUCCGCCCCGCCCUCGCCCUCAUCAUCAUCAUCGCCGCCACCACCGCCGUCCUCCUCCUCGUUGCAGGUCCAGAUUUCCAACAAUCAUCUCUUCGUGCCGUCUAAUGUGGGGACCCCAGGGGCGUCUCCCACAGCUUCUACUGCCACCACCCCCACCAACGCAAACGCUGCUUCUGCUGCCGCCACCCCGACGCUCUUCUUCCCAGAGAUCCCCCAGCUGACUGUGGCCGGCACGGCGUGCGACGCCAACGACGACGACGUCCACAUAGACUUCCGGGAGGUUCUGAACAGCAUGUUCCAGAGCGGGCCGGAGAGGCAGUCGGUCAUCCAGUUCCCCCUUCAAGGUCGGGACUCCUCCUAACAUCCAGUCCAGAGACCAUAUCACAGACCUUCCCAUCCCCCCCCCUCCUCGCUCACAACAACAACAAAAACACCAGACAGUCAACACCUGGGUGUGCCGUGCACUUUCCCUGGCCCCUUACAGAAGCUAUUAGCUUUAGCUAGCUGGCAGCUCAGCUAUUGACUUGAGUUGUUCCAUGACCAUGUUACGUGACCACCACGUUAUGGACAUACAUACAGUACAUUAGGCACAUGUGCGAAGUGAUACUACGUCUGCUUCCUGAUCGGCCGGGUGGGUGUGGGGAAGCUGGAAGAAGCCAUAAUCUGCAAUGACGACGCAAAGAGAGAGAGAAAGAGGGAGGAAGAGAGUAAGAGAAAAAGAGAGGGAGAGAAAGAGAGAGCGUACUGUACCUAUACACCAAGGUAUUUCAACUGACAGGCAAGGGAGUUAAAGGAUUUUGAGUUUAAUUUGACCUCUCGUACGUAGGUGUCAUCCUAUACAGCUGUCCGUCCACCUCCCUAACCAAUCUCUCUCCAGAUGCAACUAUUUAUUUACACUAGUCUGCCGAACAUUUUCUACGAAAAAAAACCCAACAACAAUCUGCUGUUAAAUCAGUGCCUUUGGACAGAAUGCGAUGUUACCUUUUCAAACACUCUGACUUAAAGUUUUGUCUACAUUACAAGCUGUGCUGUACAUACCAAAUGCGGCGCUCUUUCAUUUUCAUCCUGUCUUACAGUAAUGCAGCAUUUUCUUGGCUCUUGGCAUGAGGAAAAAAAGAUGAGUGUAAAUCAAAAAAGGAUUACCAAAAAGGGGAAAAAUGAAUGUCUUUCAAAUUGUCCUGCACCACCAUCCCUUUUUGGUCAGGCGGACUUGCGAAGGCCGUGUUUUAGAUAUGCCAGCGGAUGGUCUGGACUGUUGGGUGCCUGCUUCUUCCUCUUGUGGCCUUUCGCCCUCCGUGCACAGGGCCGGAUUGACACGUAGGUUAGAUAUGGCUGCAGCCUAUGGGUCCCCACCUGCCAGCCCCCCCCCGAGGUUAGAUAUGGCUGCAGCCUAUGGGUCCCCACCUGCCAGGGGACCCACAGAGGCUAGAUAUGGCUGCAGCCUAGGGCCCCUCAUCCGCCAUGGGGGCCCUGAUUGGCCAAAAGUUAAAAAAAUUGCAGAAUUGUGUCAAGAUGCAAUGUUGAAAUUUUCAUCUAUCAUGCUCAGUAGAGUUGGUAGAGAUGUUAUGCCUAAUUCCUAGCUGGUAAUUAUUACACUGUGUAUGUAAAUGUGUAGCAGAAUUUGCCUUCCAGGGGCCCACAACAAUCUGUAGCCUAGGGGCCCCAGACCAUCUUAAUCCGGCCCUGUACCACGCAUACGCUCUUCUCACCUCUCAUCAUUGGCUUGUCUUGUAAAAUCCUCAGGAAGGCUGACUGACGUUGACUCAAGUCGCAAACAUCGCAAAGCACUUCUGUUUGUUUGUUUUUUGUUCAUUUUUUUGUGUUUUUGUGCUUUCCUCUUUGACAGACCAAUUUCCAAUCUGCGCAUGUCGUUUCACAUGUGCCAUUGUUUUCAACACCACAGUAGUGCACCUCUCCUGCUGCAGUUCAGAAGCCUGCUAUGCUUAGAAAUGUUAAGUAUCCUCCGCGCUCCUGGGGAGCAUUUCUCAAAAGAGAAGUAGUUAUUCUGUUGGCAACUUCGGUAGUUGGCAAUGGGAAAAUGCAUUGAAAACAACAAAGUAGCUAAUUUAGUAAGCAACUUUGGUUUUGAGAAAUGCACCCCUGUACUUCACAAUCUGCUGUGUCACGGGAGAGGAAUACCGUACGUUCAAGUUGGGAAGAAAGUCACCGGCGGCGCAUCUUCCGAUGUGGAAAGUAAUACUCUUCUUAAUUAGGAGCAGUGCCAAAACUAACGUGUCGACACUGUUACGUCUUCCUCAGAGACAAGAGGCAGUUUCCGCACUGCUCCUAACAAAGCAGAAAAUUACUUUCCACAUCUGAAGAAGAUGCUCCGGUGACUUUCUUCCCUGCCUGCUCAAUCAUCACUGUGUUCUUUCCUCUUGCCUGGAAACCCCAAGAGAAGUCCAAUGCAAAUGACGACAGAUGGCAAUCUUAAGCAAUAAUGCGCUAAUGCUUAAAUAUAUUGGCCGCUAAUACUUAAAUUUGUUGGCCACUUGUGUUGAUAAGAAACUUUUGUACGCCGUUGUGUCUUCUUUGAACAAAUGUUGUGCUUUUAGUACUCAUGACCUUUGUAAGGAAAGAAAAACAUUGUUAGGGGUUAAAAGCGAUGUUGAUUAUUAUAGAGUUUGCUUUUUGUUGUGUUAAAUUAUUUGCUUGUUUUUUUAUUUAUAUUUAAGGGACAUGCUUGCCGUUUUUAAACUGUGAUCCCAAAAGAUGCAUACAGUUAGUAAAAAAGACUUGUCAGGGAACAACUCCAGAAUCCAAACUGAAAAAAAAACCAACAACAAAGAUCACUUUUAGUCUAACUUGCCUACACAUUAAUAUUGCACUGUUUAUCACUGCUGUAUGAGACCUAUUCUGUAUAAAGUAAGAUCUCACUUAAUUAUCCUUUUACUUUUGCAGAGUUAUACCAAAGUAUUUAACAAAGGACUUAUCUGGCUACAUCUGACCUAAUCUCCAACUCAGGAAAUGUUAUACUGUACAUAUAUAAUAUGUGUAUGUAUGUGUGACUGUGUGGUUAAAGAGGUGGGAGACUGUCUUUAUAUGUAGACAGGGCUGAAUAAUGAUUAUUGAUCUUGUGUUCACAUGUAGCGAUGCUUGCGAGUGCUUCUUUUCCCUCUUGGUGAGCUAUUGGAGUGUGUUACAAUAUGCGACCUUGCCUCCUCCACUUGUGCUUGUGGCCUCGCCCCGCCUCCUGGCCCCUCCUCUGUGGAGAAAACGAUAAAGUUUCCCAGCUGUCAGCCUAGCCACAACAACUGUUGAGGGACUGUUUUUCAUUCACCAUCCCAAUUGCAAAUGAGAAAAACACAUUACAAUUGAGCUUUUGCAAGAUAUUGAAACAUAAUGCUGUUGUCAGUGAUGCCAUCAUGACAUAUUACUUCCUGGUACGAGGCCACAAGCACAAGUGGAGGAGGCAAGGUUGCAUAUUGUAACGCACACAUUGUCUGACAUGAACAGGUAUUAUGUAACGAAUGCUGGGAUUAGACAAUGGUGUCUUAACAUUUCACCAUUUGCCUUUGUGCCAUAGUGCGGAGGAUGUAGCCCAGAAUCACUGAUAAAUCUAGUGCGAACCAAAUCUAUAAUGAGCAAAAAAAAGAUGUUGCAUGCAGAAACUGGUCAUCUUUGAUUGAGAGUGAGGAAUGCCUUUCUUUGAUCCAAUGCUGUUUUCGGUGAGAAGGACCAUAUUUUAAGUUCUUAGGUCUUAUUGUGCAGUCUUACAGGCUGCGUCUAUGAAAGGAAUAAUACGUAAGACCUCUUUAUUAUUAUGCCGUGAAACCAAAUUCUUUUAGGUGAAACCACACUGUGCUUACAGAGGAGUAUUUCUGAGCAGAAUUUGCACACAGCUGAAGUUUUCUUGUGUGGUGGCCAUUGUGUUUGGUUUGAUUGCCCAUUUUAACUUCUCAGAGAAACACACCAAGCCACACAUGUCUUUCCAGACAUUCUGACAUCUUGUAUUCAUAGACUAUAUAUAAUGUAGGUAUGUAGUUGUCCUGUAUAUGAACACUUCACACCUCGAUCGCAGUUUCAACACAAUCUAACAUUUGUGUCAAAGACGUGCAAAACGACAUUGUCAUACAGUGUAACGGAUGCCUUCUACUGACUGUAACUGUAAAAAACAUCACUCUUUUUAUUUAUUUAUUGUCACAGGGAAUUCAUGAAAGCCUCGGCUGUCAUCCAUUCACUUAAAACAAUUUAAAAAUCGUGUUUUUUUGCAGUUACAAGUUGUCCGUAACACUGAAUGACAAAGACGUCUUUGACCCAUAUGCCUCUUCUGCAUCCCCAUUCAAUGUUCAUCUAAAUGGAUCAUUGUCUUAUAGCAUGGCCACAUAGCAAGUUAGGAAGGCCAGUUAUAAGUUUGCCGCAACCUUAAUUCAUGUCAAGUGAUUGUUGGGUCAAAGACGUCCAACAUGUCCUUCAGUGCAACGGAUACUUAUGCUUACUGUAAAGGCAAAAUUUUUGUUGGUUUUUUUUGGCUUGGCUUUCAUGCAUUCACUUUUCAAAAAAUUGUUUUGAAAUGUCAUGUUUUCACAGUUACAGUAAGCAAAAGCAUCUGUUAGCACUGAAGGACAGUGUCAUGUUGGACGUCUUUGACCCUGUUUCCCAGUACAUUCCAAUGGGUCUGGACUCAGGACACUCCAACAGAUGCAGUGAUAAUGCUUAAUGCGAUGCGGGUUAGCGGUUUGGGUCAUACACAUUCAGAACUGACAACACACAAAGUUUCUUUAUGGCUUCGCUAUAUAUUGCUUUUUUUUAAUGAUUAUAUGUAAAAAAAAAAAUAAAAAAAAUAAAAAGACGUGAUGGUGACAUAGCCAGGGGAAAAAAAUGGAUUAUAAUGAUUUUAUUUAUAUGAUAUUCUGUGGGCCAUUGAUCAUAUUUGUGUUAUUAGUCAUGUUGCACUAAAACUAUUAACAUGUGUAUUUCAGUUCCUGAGCUUAUCUGCAAGUGCUUCUGCUUUUUUUCUGUGGGGACAGUUUUGGGUUUUUCAAAUAAUCGCUUUUGUCGCUCUUUAUCUUUUUUAUCAACAUUGUAUUCUUGAAGAUAUCUUAUCCAGAUAAUUUAUUGCUUUAAAAAACAUGCUACUGAUUGUAUCUUUGAGAGCAAAUGAUUUUUGUUUUGUGUAGAGUUGCACUUUCAUUCUGUUUGUUUGCCCUUAUGUUUUUCUAUGUAUUUAUGAUUUAGAUUCAUGUAUAUAUGUACAAAUUGUGCCUUUUAAACUAAUUCUUUCGAAUUGUUUUCUACUUGUAACAGGACGAACAUAAUACAGUGCAAUCUCAGUUUUGUGAAAAAAGUAAUAAAUGGUUGCAGAUAGUGCCUGA